AUGGCCUCGGCGCCAUUGACUACCCCGACUCACCAUGUCGAUGACAUCCCCUCAAUAUCGGCUACCUUAGCCGCCGGCGCCAAUGCCUCCAACACUGCAACCCCUACAUCAGAGGUGAACCGCUCGCCCUCGCCCCCGACGAUGAAUCCCGCCCAGCUCGGUGACGUCCCAACGCCCGAAGUGUCCAAGAUUGAGGCCAGCGAUUUCACCGGCGUCACGUUCAAGCCUGAUCUUGUUGUCAAUGCUGCUGGCGCUUCCCCCCAGUGA